AUGGAGCCAAGAUGGAGCCAAGAUGGAGCCAAGAUGGAGCCAAGAUGGAGCCAAGAUGGAGCCAAGAUGGAGCCAAGAUGGAGCCAAGACGGAGCCAAGAUGGAGCCAAGAUGGAGCCAAGACGGAGCCAAGGUGGAGCCAAGAUGGAGCAAAGAUGGAGCCAAGACGGAGCCAAAAUGGAGCCAAGAUGGAGCGAAAAUGGAGCCAAGAUGGAGCCAAGACGGAGCCAAAAUGGAGCCAAGAUGGAGCCAAGACAGAGCCAAAAUGGAGCCAAGAUGGAGCCAAGAUGGAGUCAAGAUGGAGCCAAGAUGGAGCCAAGACGGAGCCAAGAUGGAGCCAAGAUGGAGCCAAGAUGGAGCCAAGAUGGAGCCAAGAUGGAGCCAAGACGGAGCCAAAACGGAGCCAAGAUGGAGCCAAGAUGGAGCCAAGAUGGAGCCAAGAUGGAGCCAAGACGGAGCCAAAAUGGAGCCAAGACGGAGCCAAAAUGGAGCCAAGAUGGAGCCAAGAUGGAGCCAAAAUGGAGCCAAGAUGGAGCCAAGAUGGAGCCAAGACGGAGCCAAGAUGGAGCCAAGACGGAGCCAAGGUGGAGCCAAGAUGGAGCAAAGAUGGAGCCAAGACGGAGCCAAAAUGGAGCCAAGAUGGAGCGAAAAUGGAGCCAAGAUGGAGCCAAGACGGAGCCAAAAUGGAGCCAAGAUGGAGCCAAGACAGAGCCAAAAUGGAGCCAAGAUGGAGCCAAGAUGGAGUCAAGAUGGAGCCAAGAUGGAGCCAAGACGGAGCCAAGAUGGAGCCAAGAUGGAGCCAAGAUGGAGCCAAGAUGGAGCCAAGAUGGAGCCAAGACGGAGCCAAAACGGAGCCAAGAUGGAGCCAAGAUGGAGCCAAGAUGGAGCCAAGAUGGAGCCAAGACGGAGCCAAAAUGGAGCCAAGACGGAGCCAAAAUGGAGCCAAGAUGGAGCCAAGAUGGAGCCAAAAUGGAGCCAAGAUGGAGCCAAGAUGGAGCCAAGACGGAGCCAAGAUGGAGCCAAGAUGGAGCCAAGAUGGAGCCAAGAUGGAGCCAAGAUGGAGCCAAGAUUGUGCCAAAAUGGAGCCAAGAUGGAGCCAAGAUGGAGCAAAGAUGGAGCUAAAAUGGAGCCAAGAUGGAGCCAAGAUGGAGCCAAGACGGAGCCAAAAUGGAGCCAAGAUGGAGCCAAGAUGGAGCCAAGAUGGAGCCAAGAUGGAGCCAAGACGGAGCCAAAAUGGAGCCAAGAUGGAGCCAAGAUGGAGCCAAGAUGGAGCCAAGACGGAACCAAAAUGGAGCCAAGAUGGAGCCAAGAUGGAGCCAAGAUGGAGCCAAGAUGGAGCCAAGACGGAGCCAAAAUGGAGCCAAGAUGGAGCCAAGAUGGAGCCAAGAUGGAGCCAAGAUGGAGCCAAGAUGGAGCCAAGACGGAGCCAAAAUGGAGCCAAGAUGGAGCCAAGAUGGAGCCAAGACGGAGCCAAGAUGGAGCCAAGAUGGAGCCAAGAUGGAGCCAAGACGGAGCCAAGGUGGAGCCAAGAUGGAGCAAAGAUGGAGCCAAGAUGGAGCGAAAAUGGAGCCAAGAUGGAGCCAAGACGGAGCCAAAAUGGAGCCAAGAUGGAGCCAAGAUGGAGCCAAGAUGGAGCCAAGACGGAGCCAAAAUUAGGGUUAGGAAUUAG